GAUGAAGAAGACCAAGAAGACGAAGAUGAAGGUGCUCCAUCGGAUUCUUCACCAAGCUGGAAGAUACCAGUAUCUCCUCACAUGCUCGCAACCCAUGACGCUACGCAUUAUCUCUGAUAUCGACCAGAAAAGUAUCACAAAGCCUUGGGAUAUGCUGGCCAUUGUAGCUAAUAGCUGCGGGUACGCCAUUCGCUUCAACGCGGAGAAACUAAAAAGGAGCGAGGCGAGCUUGAGCCUCUCCAUCCUCGCUCAGUGCUUACUGAAUGGAGAAGUCCUGCAUAACGGACGCCAUAACGGACGCCCGCCAAUUCCUAAGGCAGCCGACCUUACUGUCCCAAAAUACCUGGAACGAGCCCUCUUUUCCGGGUUUUACCGAAAUACCCCCAAAUAUAACCUCAUACUCAACAAAAGCUGUCGCUUUAUUGACACCAGCUUCUCCGAAUCCGGGAUUCACACCCAUGGACACAUCUGGAAGCUCAGAAAGGUCAUCGACACCUGCAACUGGCCAGUUCAGGACGCAUGGGUGGACGUCCCUCACGGGAAACUUGAACUAAUCCAACGCAAGCGACUCACCUAUAUGGCGAAGUGGUUGGAGGGAGAACGUUAUGGAAGUCUUGCUGAUAGCAUCCGCGAUUAUCUCAGCCGCGAUACUAAGCUCGCUGGGGUCUCAGAAGUCGCUGACGUUAUCGAAAGGGGCGACUCGCUGGCUCUAGGCUGUCUUUGGGACACUAGCAGCCCUGAGAGAUACAGCCCCUACAUGGCCGUGUUCAUUUGCGACGAUAGAGGUGGGUAUGACAACGACGGCGAAGCCUUUGCGUUCACAGCUUCACGUCCUGAGGAUGCUAGCUCUGAUAAAUUUGAUCUCAAUGACCUGGAUCGGCACGUCUCAUUCGAGGUCGCUAUGGAGGGAAAGGUCCAGGGCCAAAACCGGCUGGUACCAACACUGAGAAUCAUACGAUGGCUUCCUGGCAUGUGUUUCUUCAGGGGGGUACACAGGGAGGAAGUUGUGUUUCCGUGGCCGAGUGAUCUGAAAGGGAUCGUAGCGUAACGUUUCAACCGCUCUUCAGUACGAGGAGAUUUCGACUUUGGGGGCUGCUCGCAAAGCCUGUACCAUUUAAUCUAUCUUGGUCAAAACUAUAGGCCAAUCUCUAGCCAGAGGUCGAGUAGCAUACAGGUGGUAGAAAAUCACAACUGCUCC